UUAUAUUCUGGUACUGAAGGUCUUCGGGCUCUAGAACUGGCUGAAAUAUCCACAAGACAUCAUGACAAUGAACUGGCCACAUUUGUUGUUGGUCUUGGUAAUCUGACAUUGAUCAACGUCUCUGGAGAAACUUCCUCUGAUAUGCAGGAUAUUCUUCAGAUUGUUGUUCAGGCCUUUCUGAGGAUGAAGAAGGUCAAACUGAAGCCCAGCUGUAUGUUUGUACAUCAGAAUGUUUCAGACAUCACAGCUGGAGAGAAAAACAUGGAGGGAAGGAGACAACUGCUGGACACACUGGAUGAGAUGACAAAACUCGCUGCUAAAGAUGAGGGGAAUUUUGAUGCAGAAUAUUUCAGUGAUGUCAUUAAUUUUGAUGUUCGUCAUGAUGUGAAGUAUUUUGCUCAGCUGUGGGAGGGAAGUCCACCAAUGGCACCACCGAACCCAAACUACUGUGAGAAUAUUCAAGAACUGAAGAAAACUAUUAUGUCACAAGCAUCGAAAUCAGCUGGUAUGAAGCUGACCGACCUAUGUAAGCGAACUGAAGAUCUCUGGGAGGCUUCACUGAAUGAGCAAUUUGUGUUCAGCUUCAGAAAUUCUCUGGAGGUUUCAGCAUACAGGAGACUGGAGACAGAAUACGGGAUCUGGAAAGAAACUCUUCACAGUACCAUGCUGGAAAUUCACAACGAACAACAAACCAAUAUAGAAAAUAAAUCAAUUCACGAUCUUAAGAGAGAAUUGAAUGAGAAAAGGAAAGAAGUGAAAAAAUCAAUGUCAGAAUUCUUUGAGAAAGACACAGAUAAACGCAUACUGUUUAAAUGGAAAUGUUUAUUUGAAUGCAAAAUCAAAAAGUUCUAUGAACAGAUAAUGAGGGAGUUAAAAUACAUAACAUAGAGUUUUGAAUAUAUUAUAUUUCCAACAAUUGACAAAAAAUAUGAUCUCCCCAGAAAUACUUUGCAGGUAAGAAAUGUUCUACAUUCAGAAAUUAAAACGUAUUCAGAACCCCUUUUUUAAUCAUAUAAAAUCACACUUUUAAACAUUUAAGGGAUGGGGGCAGUCUGUCACUCUUUUAUACUUUUAGAUCAAAAGAUAACUCCUAUGAACCUACAUUACCCAGGCCAAAUAACCACAAAUUCAAUCCAAAUAUUCCUGACAGUUGUUUCGAAUACUUUAAAAGCCUGGCAUUGCCAGAUGUUGGGUCAUGUAAAUGUCCCCCUCACCUUGCAGACCUUGCUUGGUGGUCACCUAGACCACAGAGAGUCAGCUUCAAAUAGCCUGAUACCUGGUGUUUCUCCAAAGUUUCAUGACCAUCAUCUCUCCUGGGGUUCCAGAGGCCCUUUUACUAGCAGUAAGCCGUUUUAAGAACAUAUCACCUCUUCCCCAUCUGAUGCAAACUUCUUUGACAAAACUACACUAAACUUUCCUUUUCUAUAAAUAUAUGUAAAUAUA